AUGGGCAGUUUAGGUCAGCUGGAGGAGUUGUAUGUGAAGUCCAAUGUCCUAAAAGGCUCUACUCUUGUGCCUGUCCUCAACAUAUCUUCUUUGACUACUUUGGCUCUAUAUGGAAACAACAUGAGUGGCAGUCUUCCGGACAAUAUAUGUGAGCAUCUUCCAAGUAUUCGAAUUUUGAAUUUGGGUAAAAACCAGUUUGACGGUCUGAUUCCCUCCAAACUGUGGCAAUGCAAAGAGCUUCGUGAAUUGGUAUUAGGUGUUAACAAUUUCUGUGGAAGCAUACCCAUAAGUCUUGGCAAUUUGACCUACUUAACCAAGAUUCAGAUUGAUGACAAUAAUUUAACAGGUACAAUACCGGAUGAGAUUGGUGAUCUUCCGCAGUUAGAGAUUUUGGGAUUGGGGAUUAAUAAUCUCAAUGGCGUCAUCCCAUCCAAACUCUUCAAUAACUCCAUGAUAAGAGGAAUAGGGCUUUAUUUUAAUCAGCUCUCAGGAAGCCUCCCAGCAUACAUAGGUCUUAACGUUCCAAACCUAGAAUACCUUGAAGUAGCCAGAAAUAACCUCGUGGGCGGACUACUCCCUAACCUCUCCAAUGCUUCCAAGCUCAGGGUGCUAGACAUGAACACAAACUCAUUUACUGGGUUUCUUCCUAGCACGCUCUGUUCCUUGAAAAACCUCGAGGUUCUUAACUUGCACUCGAAUAAUUUGGCAAUUGAUGCUUCUACUCCACAAGCAGCAAGCACUCUCUCUUGCUUGUUUAAUCUCAGAAAUUUGACAAGAUUGUCCUUGGGAGACAAUCCACUAAACACCACGAUUCCAGCUUCUCAUAGGAAUCUCUCUACGUCACUCCUAUAUGUGAAUUUAAUCCGUUCCAACAUCAGGGGCAACAUUCCAGUUGAUAUUGGCAACUUGAGCAGCUUGAUAUCACUACAACUGGGAAACAAUCAGUUGAGUGGAGCAAUUCCAACUUCAAUACAAAGGCUACAAAAUCUCCAAGGUUUGUAUUUGUACAAUAACGAACUGGGAGGACAUAUCCCAUAUGAACUCUGUCAACUAAACAACCUAGCCGAGUUAUUUUUGGGUGGUAAUCGGCUCUCUGGUUAUAUUCCUUCCUGCUUGGGUACUUUGGCAGUAGCUCUAAGAAGUCUAUCGUUAGGGUCCAAUUUGUUAACUUCAAAAAUUCCAUCUUCCUUGUGGGAACUCAAGUAUAUACUGCACCUAAACUUGUCAUCCAAUUCUCUAGUUGGACCACUCUCAGAAGACAUCGGAAAGUUGAAAAAUGUGGUGGAUAUAGAUUUAUCAAAUAACCAUUUCUCGGGAAACAUUCCCGAUAGCAUUGGGGGUCUUCAGAAUAUGAUUAAUUUUUCCUUGGCAACAAUUAUUUAG